UAAAGAAGUGAACGAAAACAACGAGUGAGGAAAAAUUGUCUUAAGCGCAAUGAAAUUAUUUUUUCUUGGAUUAUUUUUGGCAAUAGCCGUGGCCGAUGCUGGAGUUUUAUUGAAUCCUUGUAAACGCGUAGGAUUAUUUGCAUUCGUCGAUAACUCGCCAGAAUUUUAUGCAUGUGAUCUUAACGAAUACGGCACAUUCGAUAUCAAAUACUUCAAUUGUGAAAGUGGAUACGUUUUUGACCGUUACGAUGGAGUUUGUGUGCCAAAAGUUGCGUAUUUUAGUAAAACGGCUGACAGUUCUGAUGGCGAUGAGGAUGUACAAAGUCCGACAGUACCCACAACUACUACAACACACGGAGACCUCAUCAAACCAACCAUACCCACUACUGCUCCUACUGGUAGUAUUGACAAUCAGACAACCGCAGAUGAAGAUGAUGAUACAACUAUAGCUCCAACAGAUGAGACCGAAACUACUGAGGCACCCGCAACGACUGAUGAUACUGUAACUACUGAAGAACCGGAAACAACAGGUGCCUCUGUAACUACUGAAGAACCGGAAACAACAGAGGCUAUUGUAACUACUGAAGAGCCGUCAACAACUGAUGCUCCUGUUACUACUGAAGAGCCGUCAACAACUAAUGCUCCUGUAACUACUGCAGAACCGGAAACAACAGAUGCCUCUGUAACUACUGAAGAACCGGAAACAACAGAUGUUCCUGUAACUACUGAAGAGCCGACAACAACAGAUGCUCCUUUUACUACUGAAGAGCCGACAACAACUGAGGCUCCUGUAAUUACUGAAGAGCCGUCAACAACUGAUGCUCCUGUAACUACUGCAGAGCCGGAAACAACAGAUGUUCCUGUAAUUACUGAAGAACCGGAAACAACAGAUGCUCCUGUAACUACUGAAGAGCCGACAACAACUGAGGCCUCUGUAACUACUGAAGAACCAGAAACAACAGACGCUCCUCUAACUACUGAAGAACCAUCAACAACAAAUCCUCCUUUAACAACCGAUGCUCCAGAAACCACUGACGUAACCGUAACCACCGAUGAACCUGCAACAACUGAUGCCCCUGUAACCACUGAUGUACCAACAAGCACGGACGAACCGGAAUCUACUACACUACCGGCAUUUGAUUGCCCCGAUGUCGGCUUCUAUCCACAGAGUGGCUCUUGUGAGAAAUUCGCUUUAUGCGCCGAAGUUAAUGGCGAAAUUAUCUAUUACUUACAAAGUUGCCCCACAGGUCAGCAAUUUAACUAUAACACAAAUUUUUGUGAUAACAAUUUCGAUUGCAAUGCAGACGUCUCCACAACUAAAAAGGUUCUCAAAGAGAAACGCUCUUCAGUAUUCAACCUUUUUCAUUUUCUUAAAUUGUUUUAAAUUACUAUUAUAUUACACCGGGCUUGUACCUUAAGAAACGAAAGUUUUGUGUUUCAUGAAACCAGUCACGUGUAAUAAAAGCAUUUGAAUAAAUUAAUUUUUUUUAUAUACAUACAUAUUUACAGUAGCAUAACUUGUUUUUAAAUGCGAAAUUAACUAUAAAGCUAUAAAUUAACUAAUAUCAGCACGAAAUGAACAGGAGUUAAUUUUUUCUUCUCGAAGCAUUACCAUGAAUAGAGCUUAUCUUUGGUGGAAACGGCCCUUGAUAAGAGAAUUUCCAAGAAUUGAAAUUAUAAAAAGAUACUUAGUAACCCGGGUGAUUUUUUGUUUUUGCAGAUAAAAUGUUUAUCUGCUCAUUUGUAUGCUUAUUGCUUUGACGACUUGAUAAUUCAUUUAGUAUUUGCGUUCUGAAAGUUUAAGAAUAAAAAAUAAAAUAAUUUGUCGUCGUGCACUUGAA